AUGGCCUUGCAUGCUGCCUCCCAGGAUGUGUCUCGAAAACACCACGCCUGGAAGGAGCAGAGUCCCUGGCUUUCUUCCUUGGUGAACGUUGUGGGGACUGGGGUGCCCACCAAGGACUUCCCCGCGGGCGCUGAGGAGCCGGCAGCAGGCUGGAACCCACCCCGCUGCGGCGUGCCCGACCUCCCGACGCUGCCCGACGGCCAGAGCGGGCGCAAUCGGCAGAAGCGGUUUGUCCUCUCAGGCGGGCGCUGGGACAAGACCGAUCUCACCUACAAAAUUAUUAGGUUCCCAUGGCAACUGGUAAAAGCCAAAGUGAGGCGGACCAUUGAGGAAGCUUUAAAAGUGUGGAGCGAUGUGACCCCGCUGACCUUCAGCGAGGUGCAGGAGGGCCGCGCGGACAUCGUCAUCGACUUCACCAGGUAUUGGCAUGGAGAUAACCUGCCUUUUGAUGGGCCCGGAGGGAUCCUGGCACACGCUUUCUUCCCCAAGACCCAUCGCGAAGGAGAUGUCCAUUUUGACUAUGAUGAGACCUGGACUAUUGGGAACAACCUGGGCACCGACCUCCUCCAAGUGGCUGCUCAUGAGUUUGGCCAUGUGCUUGGCCUGCAGCACACGGCUGUCUCCAAGUCGCUGAUGUCUCCUUUCUACAUUUUCCGCUACCCGCUCAGCCUGAGUGAGGAUGAUAAACAAGGUAUCCAGUACCUCUAUGGGAAACCCAAACUUGAUCCCAACCCAACCCCAACCCAGCCAGCAGAGCCACCCCAGCCAGACCUUGAAACAAAUGAGAUCACCAAUGUGGAGUCUGUGCAGCCCGACGCCUGCAGCACAGAUUUCGAUGCCGUGUCCACCAUCCGGGGUGAGCUGUUCUUCUUCAAGUCCCGCUUUGUGUGGCGGCUGCGAGCUGGCAAACUGCAGGCCGGCUACCCCGCUCUGGCCUCUCGUCACUGGCAGGGGAUCCCCAGCUCCAUCGAUGCCGCCUUUGAGGACCCUAUGGGCAAUAUCUGGUUUUUCCAAGACUCUCAAUACUGGAUUUACGAAGGCGAAAGGCGAGUUUCUGGCCCCACCUCUAUUGCGGAGCUGGGCCUCCCUGCCUCUCCUGUCCAGGCAGCUUUGGUGUGGGGGGCUGAGAAGAACAAGAUCUACAUCUUCAGUAGAGGCAACUACUGGCGCUUCAACCCUCAUACCCGUCAGGUGGAUAACAUCUACCCUCGGACCAUGGCCGACUGGCGUGGCGUUCCUCAGGAAAUUGAUGCUGCUUUUCAGGAUGAGUUUGGUUUUGCCUAUUUCCUGAGAGGCCAAAACUACUGGAAAUUUGACCCGGUGCAGGUUAAAGUGCUGGACGGCUACCCACGCCAGAUCAGCCAGGACUUCUUCAGCUGCACACCUGCCUCCAACUCCUUCAGAUGAGCAGGGGUGCUCACAUCCUCCACAUUUCCCUCUCAUCUCCCUUAUCUCCAGCAGCCACCCAGAAACAGGGCUCCCACAGCCAUUCUUGGCUCCCUUUAAGCCUCAGCAUCUGACACAACUGGUGUUUGUCACAAGUGACAAAGGCUGCUUCUCUCCAGGUCUACCAGUCCCAACUUCAGUUGCUAUCAAAGCAAAGGGGCUGGUACGUUCUCUACAGACAGAGGGGCCACUAAAUCCCUAACGUGGCCAGGCUCUUCCAGCAAUAGCAUCCCCAGAGAGCUUGAGUAAAGCUGAAAUGGGGUCAAGUUUUCCUAAUUAACCCAGGCCCUAUCAUGUUAAACGGUUCUGGUGGUAUUUCCGAUGUUUACAUUGCUCACAGCAGCAUCCCAUUUACUGUUCCGGCCCUCAGCCUCGGAGGGAGGAUUCCACCGAGACGCUUUCUCACUCUUAGCCAGGGAGUUUUCAGGACAUUGACUGCCUAUGGAGAAACCCAGACGUGUGGCUAUGUCACCAGGGUGGCUUCACCGUGGUGGCAACGGUGAACACUCACACCCUGUCACAGCCCUACUCCUCAUUUUAUGUUGCACCACUAGUCUACAUUAGAAUUUUAUACAGUUUUGUAAAUAAACAAAGUGCCUCCUUCCUUGCAAGGUGCUAGGCUGCAGUGCUGGCCGCUGCCCUGGUGCUCCAAAAGUUCUCCUUACC